AUGCACCCGGUGUGGGCCGCUCUGCUGCUCUUAGCCAUGUGUGCAGGGCGCAUAUCCAGCAAUCCAUUCACCUUGAGACUGGCUGCUGUUCUGGAUGACCCGAUGGAGUGCAGUCGUGGUGAGCGCCUGGCUAUCACCCUGGCCAAAGAGGGCAUCAACCGUGUUAGUAACCUCUCUGUGAUGGGCAAAGUGGAGGUGGACAUUUUUGAACUCCUGAGGGACAGCGAGUACGAGACAGGGGACACCAUGUGCCAGAUUAUCUCUAAGGGAGUUUUGGCGGUCCUGGGACCCUCUGCUAGCCCAGCUUCCGACACCAUCAUCAGUAAUAUCUGUGGAGAGAAAGAGGUGCCUUAUGUGAGGGUGGCCCCCGAGGACCUCCUGAGGGCCCGCUUCCCGCGCUUCUCGCCCCUGGACCUGCGGCCCACCAAUGCACAUGUCAGCCUAGCCGUGGUGGACUUGCUCUCCUUCUUCAACAGCACCAGCGCCUGUCUGCUCUGCGCCAGGGCUGACUGUUUGAUGAACCUGGAGCAGUUACUGCGUCAGUUCCUAAUCUCUAAGGAGACGCUGACUGUUCGUGUGCUGGAUGACAGUCAGGACCCCAUGCCUGUUCUAAAAGAGAUCCGCAACGACCAGACUGACACCAUCAUAGUGGACGCCAACGCCACUGUGUCCCACCUCAUCCUGGAACGGGCGUCAGAGUUGGGGAUGCUGUCCGUCUACUACACCUACAUCUUCACCACAAUGGAGUUCUCUCUGCUGCAGUUGGAUGACAUCCCGGUGGAGCGCUGGGUCAACAUCCUUGGCUUCUCUGUCCUCAACCACAGCCAUCCUUACUUCCCUGACCUCCUCCUCAGCCUCAACCGCUCCUGGCAGGAAAACUGUGACCAUGCCCCUUUCACUGGGGUCCCGCUCUCCCCAGCCCUGCUGUAUGAUGCCAUGCAUGUGGUGGUGUCUGCUGUGAGGGAGCUCAACCACAGCCAGAGUGUGGGCGCCACACAGCUAACCUGCCAAUCACCCAAAAUCUGGGCGCACGGCACCAGCCUGAUGAACUACCUACGGAUGACUAUGCCCCCAGCGAAUGCUUGUGACCGUGCCACUAUCAACCAUGUCAAGAGUCUGCUCCAUGGACGGACCGAUGUUCGGUAUGGUGUGGCUUUUCCUGCCCGGCUCCGUAUAACAUACAACAGCACUGAGAAAGAGUUCCAAGACCCCCAUAAGGCGAUGGCCUUCAUGAAGGUAGAAUUGGAAGGUCUAACCGGACACAUAGAGUUCAACAGCAAAGGCCACCGCUUCAACUACGCCCUGAGGGUCGUGCAGAGCAGCUCAGAGGGGCUAAGGCAGGUUGGUGUGUGGCAUUCGGAGCACGGUCUGUCCAUGGAGAGCGACAUCAACCUCCUCAUCAUGGCCGGCACCAUCUUCAACACCACCCUCACCAUCACCACCAUCUUGGAGAACCCCUACGUGAUGCUGAGGCCAGAAUACCAGGCCCUGGAGGGCAACGAGCGCUACGAAGGAUUUUGUGUAGACAUGCUGCGAGAGCUGGCCGAGCUGCUGCACUUCAGCUACCAUCUACGACUGGUGGCGGACGGCGUGUACGGCGUGCCCAGUGCCAACGGCACCUGGACGGGCAUGGUGGGCGAGCUCAUCUCUAGGAAAGCUGACCUGGCUGUAGCGGGGCUCACCAUCACCUCAGAGAGAGAGAAGGUCAUUGACUUCUCCAAACCCUUCAUGACCCUGGGCAUCAGCAUCAUGUACACAGCACACAUGACACGUCGACCAGGCUACUGGUCCUUCCUAGACCCCUUCUCUCCAGGCGUAUGGCUCUUCAUGCUGCUGGCCUACCUGAUCGUCAGCUGUGUGCUCUUCCUGGUGGCCAGGCUAACGCCGUAUGAGUGGUGUAGUACUGAGCCAUGCUUGCGGGAGCGCUGUAAACUGGUGCUGAACCAGUACACUCUGGGAAACAGUCUGUGGUUCCCUGUAGGGGGGUUCAUGCAGCAAGGCUCAGCCAUCACCCCCCAUGCCCUGUCCACACGCUGCCUCAGCACUGUCUGGUGGUUCUUCACCCUGAUCAUAGUGUCCUCCUACACAGCCAACCUGGCUGCCUUCCUCACCGUUCACAGGAUGGAGGUGCCCAUCGAGUCAGUGGAUGACCUGGCAGACCAGACCACCAUAGAGUACGGCACCAUGCAGGGAGGGUCCACCAUGACCUUCUUCCAGAACUCUCAGUACCAGACCUACCAGCGCAUGUGGAACUUCAUGCAUGCCAAGCAAACCAGUGUGUUUGUGAAGAGCACGGAGGAAGGCAUCGACCGGGUGCUCAACUCCAACUACGCCUACCUGUUGGAGAGCACCAUGAACGAGUACUACCGUCAGCGCAACUGUAACCUCACCCAGAUAGGAGGCCUGCUGGACACCAAGGGCUACGGCAUCGGCAUGCCACUGGGCUCAGUGUACCGGGAUGAGAUCGACCUGGCCGUACUCAAACUCCAAGAGGACAACAGGCUGGAGAUCCUUAAGAGGAAGUGGUGGCGGGGAGACAAGUGUUCCAAAGAGGUUGACCAUCAAACACAGGGGCUGGGCAUGGAGAAUAUAGGUGGGGUCUUUGUUGUCCUGUUGUCUGGUCUACUGCUGGCUGUGUUCAUGGCGGGGCUGGAGUUUGUCUGGGUGCAGCAACACUCUCCGAGGUCAGAGUUGUCCAUGUGUACAGAGAUGCUGAGGGCUCUCCAUGGGAUCCUGCUGUGCGAGGACAGUAUGGCACUGCAUGGUUUACCAGGCCCAGGGAUAUUACUACAAACACACACUUCACUCCCAGAGGAGCAUGGCGGGACCAAGACAGCCACUUGCACCCUCAGUAACGGCAUGGUGUGCGGGAUGGACAACAGUAGCAGCGGUCCUAUGGAGUCACGGUCUCAUAGACUGGCACAGGAAGCCAUUUUGGGUCCACGGGGCUGCACUCACGUCCGCAUCUGCCCAGAGUGCAGGGGAUAUAAAGGACUGCGGGUGCAAACACUGCCACCCAGAAAACACUCACCAGACCUCAGAGAGGAGAAUGUUUAG